GCGCUUCAUUUCCCGUGCGCGGCCUGGGAGGUGCUCCCUUUCCGCAGCCUCCGCGCGCUCGCCGGCCUCCCCCGUUCGGUCGCCGCGUCCUUGGUUGGCGUCAGGAAGAUGACGACGAGCUUCCUGGUGCACGAGAAGAUCUGGUUCGACAAGUUCAAGUACGAUGACGCAGAGCGGAGCUUCUAUGAGCGCAUGAACGGGCCCGUGGCCGGCCCCUCCCGCCAGGAGAAUGGCGCCAGCGUGAUCCUGCGCGACAUUGCGAGAGCCAGAGAGAACAUCCAGAAAUCGCUGGCCGGAAGCUCGGGCCCAGGGGCCUCCAGCGGGCCUGGCGGCGACCACAGCGAGCUCACCGUCCGCAUCGCCAGCCUGGAAGUAGAGAACCAAAACCUGCGAGGCGUGGUGCAGGAUCUGCAGCAGGCCGUUUCCAAGCUGGAGGCCCGGCUGAGCGCACUGGAGAAGAGCUCGCCCACCCACCGGGCCUCGGCCCCACAGACCCAGCACGUGUCUCCCAUGCGCCAAGUGGAGCCCCCGGCCAAGAAGGCGGCCGCCCCGGCAGAGGACGACGAGGACGACAUCGACCUGUUCGGCAGUGACGAGGAGGAGGACAAGGAGGCGGCCCGGCUGCGGGAGGAGCGGCUGCGGCAGUACGCCGAGAAGAAGGCCAAGAAGCCUGCGCUGGUGGCCAAGUCCUCCAUCCUCCUGGACGUCAAGCCCUGGGACGACGAGACAGACAUGGCCCGGCUGGAGGCCUGCGUGCGCUCGGUCCAGCUGGACGGGCUGGUCUGGGGGGCCUCCAAGCUGGUGCCCGUAGGCUACGGCAUCCGCAAGCUGCAGAUCCAGUGUGUGGUGGAGGACGACAAGGUGGGCACCGACCUGCUGGAGGAAGAGAUCACCAAGUUCGAGGAGCACGUGCAGAGCGUGGACAUCGCAGCGUUCAACAAGAUCUGACGUGGGGGGCCCUCCAGUGAUUAAAGAGAUUCUGGCACUUUG